CCCCUGCUUUUUUCUUUUGACACUGUGUUCGUGCAACUCGAAGAGAAAGUUUCCCGAACCAACACUUGUCCGGCUGCAAUAUUCUGACGUCAUCUAUUCUCUUACUGAAAGUAUCGACCCAUCAAAGUUUUUAACCCACUUAUGAGGUCUAAACUGUGACUUGAAAGACACCCGUAGUCUCCUUUCUGCAGAUUCCUCAGAUCCGGGGACACUCAACAUGGCACAUAAAUGGCGCAGAAUUUGCUGGGGAAUUAUAAUUGCACGUCCUCCCAUAGUCUUUAAAUCAUCUUUGGGUUACUUACACAGAAGGAUGCAAGCUCUGCACUGCUCAGUAACUAUGAGGUGUUCCAGUUACUAACUGAUCUGAAAGAGCAGCGCAAAGAAAGCGGGAAGAACAAGCACAGCUCUGGGCAGCAGAACCUGAACACCAUCACCUACGAGACGCUAAAAUACAUAUCAAAAACACCGUGCAGACACCAGAGUCCUGAAAUUGUCAGAGAAUUUCUUACAGCAAUGAAAAGCCACAAGUUGACCAAGGCUGAAAAGCUGCAGCUGCUGAAUCACAGGCCUGUGACUGCUGUUGAGAUCCAGCUGAUGGUGGAAGAGAGUGAAGAGCGGCUCACGGAGGAGCAGAUUGAAGCUCUUCUCCACACUGUCAUGAGCAUUCUGCCUGCAGGGCCAGAGGCUGAGCAGACAAAGAAUGCCAGUAGCGAUGCAGCAAUGGACGAAGAGGACCCAGCAUAGAGGAGCCCGGUGGCCGUUUCCUGGACAUACAAAGGAUUGCUUAUUUGACUUUACCCUCUAUCCCAAUAGGCCCAAUUUCAUGGUUAGUUGGGGGGAAAAAAUCACAAAAAUAAGCUGAAAAGAAAUGUCUGUGCCUCAGAGAGAAGAAACAUGGUGGAGGCAGCUGAGGUUGUCAAGGCAGAGAGCUGAAGAGGGGAGAACAAUGACUGGACCUCUCUGUGGUAGAAAUACUUCCUCUGUGGCCUUUGCCACAGCUGUGGGAGGUCUGUAUACACAGAUGGCAAAAUGCUCUUGCCUUUGAUGGGCUCUGUCUUAAUGAAUUUCAUCUGCUUCCCUAGGAACUUCCCAAGUCCCAAGCUCAGUGUGCUGUUGGGAUGUGAGCUGAACUGUGAGAACAAUUAGCUGGCUCAAGACUCCCAGAGCAGCAUAUAGUGGCUCUAGAUUAAAAUGAACCACAAAGUUGGCUCACCUUAAAGGAACUUCCUUGAGAGCAGAGAUAAGAAAAAGAGAUAAGACUGUGUCCAGCCUGCCCUUUCUUUUGCCCAAACAGACUUUGUUUACUGACCUACUAAUGAGUCUUGAAUGUUAGAGACGAACUCAUUCCAAUUCAAGGUAGAAACUCUAAACAGUAUGACAGUGGCAACAGGAAUACUGUGUUGGCUGUCUUUCUGACUGAGUCAGCAGCCCGGGCCACACAGUGCCUGUUGAGACCAGGUGAGCUUUGUUUGCAUGAUGGGCAAGUCAUUUACACCUUUAAAAGGGGCACAGUUAUUUAGCUCUUUUGUGAACAGAUCAUGUAAAAACUGGAGGUUGAAAAAAUAAACCAGAAGAUGAUUAAUAAGAGUUUGGAUUUGCUUUCCAUUGCAAGUUUGCAUCAGUUUUUUAAUGUAAAAUAUUAAGAUAAUUACAGUCAAGACAUUUUAAGUGUUCUUUGGAAAGUUUAUUUGUUCCAAGUAUGUGAUUGCCUUAGAUCCUAGGAGUCUUGCUUAAAGCCUGAUUUCUUGCAUUCACUGGUCCCUGUUUGGGGAAGAAAAUGCCCAUAAACAUUAAUUUUCCAAAUUGGUACUCAUUUUGUUUAAAAGUUACUUGGAUUACCUCUGCCCCUUAUAUUUCCCAGUCCAUUUAAGACCUUUCUACUCCACUUGCAAGCAGUUGCAUUGUGUCUGUCUCCACAGACUGAGGAUCCACUGAAAUGGCUUGUGGGCGGCAUUGGGUAUACCAGGAGAGUUUAUGCUAAGCUUUUCAGGUCUGGAGUUUCAUCUGGAGCUAUUGAUUAUCUGUCAGAGCAUCCAGGUGCAGGUGUCAUUUUUCUUCAAGAGUUUAUAUUGUUACAGAUUGAAAAAGUAAAAUGACUUAAAGGAUAAAAUGUGAUUUUUUCAAAAAAGGUUGAAUCUGUUCUAAAUUCUUUAUCGGAUUUCAAGAAAAUUUUGUCUCUAUAUUUGGGGCCUGAAUUUAGCCUCAGCAAUCAGUCUCUGGAAGAUUUAACCUUUAUCAGAACAUAUCUAACAUGCAUGAGAAAUACAUACACCCUAAUGUAUAUAUUCCUGCCAUGUUAAAUGUUUCAGAAAUAAGGUCAUUUUAUAUAAGAAAACCAGGAUUACAUCUGGGGAGCGGAGCUUGCUUUUCAUUUUGUAUCUUUCUGUACUGUUUUAAUUUUUGGCUAUGUGACUGUUUUAGUCUUUAAAAAAAAAAAAUGUCCAUUUGCUUGUUGCUCUUGGAAUUGACAGUUGAAUUUUCCUGAAUGGAGGCUGAACCCAGCCCAGGCACUCUUGCCUUCUGGGAGGAGCUUGGAAGACUGCAGCAUCUGACCAGGCCAGUGUCUGGCCUAGUGGCUGUCAUUGGAUGUUAUGUGUGUAGAUCUCUUUCGUUGUUCUUGACUUGUGUUGUCUUCUUACUUAGUUUGCUGGACAGAGUAAAGAGGAGACUUGUAUUUGUAA